UGUGUUUUUCAUGAUCAUGAUUCCUUCAUGCAAGCUUUAUUCCUUUGUUGAUUAAUCUUUUUCAGACCAGUAGAGAAAAUGCUUAAACACUUGCAGCCAUUGUUUGAUGCAGAUUAUCUACUUCCUCGAUCAUUUAUAGCAUCUGUGGAUUUGGAGGACUUGCAGACACUGAUCGAAACAAGGGCAAUACCAGUUGAUGCCUGUCUUGCUCAUUUGACUUAUCGCUUGAAAACACACAAACCUCAUGGAUACUUUGAUUACGGAGUUAAUUGCAACAGGUUGUAUGACAUGAGAUCUGGUGAAAAGACUGUUCAACUUUGUGUGAAUUCAUUGCUGAUACAGUUACAAGAGACAUUCUUUAGUGAGGUUUUGGUACAAACACAGUGGGAGAUGAGCUACAUGAUUGCUUCACAAAUGUUGAAAAAAAGCAUUGAAAAUAAAAGAGUGGAAACAGUCUAUCGGUGUGUCCAAAUUCUGAUUCAUUGCAUUGCGAUGUAUGACAGAAUUAUUUCGGAACAAAAAAUACCUGAUGACAAGAAAUCAACACAACAUCACGAUGUAUUGAAUGAGAGUGCCAAAGAGACCAUAAAAUGGCUAGAAACUUACAGAAGAUGGGAUAUUGAAAUGAAAGACAUUUUAGAUAUAUGGAACACCACAUUUGCAUCAGUGGAGCUUCAGUCUGAAAAUGUUAGAAAUUCCUGGAACAAGAAUUUGUCGGAAGGUCUUAUGUUCAAUCUUCAGCAAAGAGGUUGUAAGUAUAGUACCCAGAUGAAGAAGUUUGUAGAAAUAUACUGUCAGAAUUUGGAUGCUUACAAUCCAAGUAUGCAAGAGUGCAUGGGAAACAUUGCUUUUGUUGCAAUUGAACAAGGAUAUUUACUUGAUUAUGGACACUUUUCUUCAAAUGAGAAUGAACGCUUUGGAAGGUUGUUAUCACGGAUGUUUGUAUCUGAAUGGGAAAAAAAUGUAAAGCAAGGAAAAGAUGAAAGUAUGACCAUAUUGAGACAUGUUCUGAGAUGGCCACCAUUAACAGUAUACCUGAAAAUCUCUUACAAUAAACAGAUGAAAAUGCUCUCACCGAAAUGUAAUGUGUACUUGGGACAAGCUGUUUCAGUUAUUGAGAGUAGAAUUACAGCUUUAUUGACUGGUGCUCUAACUAUUGGUGACUUCAGUCUGAUAACAGAGAAAGACGACAAAUUCUCAGAGCUUGGAGAGUUGUUAAAAAUUGAGAAAGAGCAUUCUGCAGCAUUCUUCAGAAAAGCAAUUGAAAUUCGGCAAAAAGAGAUUAAUGCUUCCCAGAACCAAGCAGAACAAAUGACAACUUUAGCAUCUGUUUGUACACAGCUAGCUAAAAGUAAGUAAUUAGCAAUAAUAAAUGAAUUUGUAGUUUGUCUGUUUGAUUAGUACGAGGCAAAUCUACCAACAAGCGCCAAUGAAAUUACAAACAGACUCCCUAUCUUUUCCAAUGACAAACCCAGAUAUUGACUUUUUCACCGCUCUGGUUAUUUAAUACUGAUCAGAUUAUUUAUAAAUCCAGAUUUCUCAGUAAAAAUACUCACAUACAAUGUAUGUUUAAAUAUAGAAAUACUCAUGUACAGCAUAUGUUUGAAUUUCAAAAUGAAGCAGGCUUGAUUAUUAAUAUGAAAUGAGGUUCACUAUUAAGCUUGACUAUUAGAAAAAUAGUAGGGCUAUUGUACUUAUAUGGGGCGUUGUCAUUGGUGUUGGCAUCAGCGUAAUAUUAGGGUGGAAGAUCAUAUCUAAUCAACCGCUUAUGAUAUUUGCUUGUAACUUCUUACACUAACUUGAGAGCAUAAUGGGAGUUGUCACUUUCAAACGUCCAGAUCCUGAUUUUAUUAUACCCCUACACAAAAAAGUUGUAAGGGGGGUAUACUGGAAUCAGCUUGGCUGUCCGGCCAUCGGGCGUCCGUCGGUUUUUCCUUGUCUGCCCGAUAACUUAAGAAUCAUUUUACCAUUAGACUUCAUAUUUGGCAUGGAGGUAAGUCAUGAUUAGUAGAUGACCCCUAUUGAUUUUGAGGUCUCAAGGUCAAUGGUCACAGGGGCCUUGACUGAAAAAAGCUUGUCCGCCAAAUAACUUAAGAAUCCUUUGACCCACAGUCUUCAUAUUUGCAUGAAAGUUGGUCAUGAUUGUUAAAUGACCCCAAUUGAUUUUGAGGUCACUGGGUCAAAGGUCAAGGUCACAGGGGCCUUGACUUCCAAAAGCGUGUCCGCCCAAUAUCUUAAGAAUCCUUUGAUCCAACAGUCUUCAUAUUUUGCAUGGAUGUUGCUCAUGACCAUUUGGUGACCCAUGUUGAUUUUGAAGUCACUGGCUCAAAGGUCAAAGUCAGCGGGGCCUUAAGUUCAAAAGUUUGUCUGUUCAAUUGCUUAAGAAGCUUUAGUAAACAGUCUUCAUUUUUGGUACUGAGGUUGGUUAUGACUAGUAGAUGACCCCUUUUGUAUUUUGAGGUCACUAGGUCAAAGGUCAAGGUCAGAAGGGCCUUGACUAAAAAUGUUUAUCUGCCCAAUAUUUUAAUAACCCUUUGAUCCAACAGUCUUCAUAUUUUGCAUGGAGGUUGCUCAUGACCAUUAAGUGACCCCUAUUGAUUUUGAAAUCAGUGGGUCAAAGGCCAAGGUCACAGGAGCAUUUAGUUUCAAAAGCUUGUCCGCUCAAUUGCUUUAGAAUGCUUUGGUAAACAGUCUUCAUAUUUAGUAUUGAGGUUGGUUAUGAAUAUUAGAUGACCCUUAUUGAUUUUUAGGUGACUAUGUCAAAGGUCAAGGUCAUAGGGGCUUUUACUAAAAUAA